AACGCUACGGCGGAUGUAGCAGCUGCGGUGUUCAGUGCAUUUGGGCAAACAUGUAGCGCACGGAGCUAAAGUCAUCCCUCCUGACGUGUUUAUUUAACAAGUCCUUUUUCAUUUUCUGGCGUCGGAAUUUACAAUGUGCCAAAAUGAGUCGUAAAGGGACGCUUCGGUGAGGAUUUUAAGCCGGGGGAGUGGCGCGUGAAGGCGACGUGAGUUGAUUUCAGGUAGUAAGCUUCGGAUAACGUAUUACUUUUGAGAUUAAACUGCAUUUUCUUGUCACUACGCACGACUUCUGCUUUUCACACGAGCGGUGUUUAGGCGAAGACAAUCUGGAACUACAAUUUAUUUCGCUUCCACGUCCGACAUCCACGUUACCGCCCCAUUUUUUUAUUUCCCCAUCGAGACCAGCGUGGAAUAAUUAAGCAAGACGCCGUGCCAGACUCGAACUCGAAGUGACUGUCACCCGCGCGCAGCAUGGGUAAUAGCACGUCCUGUUGCGUGGCGUCCAGCCCCAAACACCGGAGGAACAACCACCACUCCCGCCUGGACACGUACGGACCCGAGCCAGCGCUGAGCAGGGAGGACACGGGCUGCAACCUCCAGCACAUCAGCGACCGGGAGAACUUGGACGAUCUGCCUGUGGAGUACAACCCCUCAGACCACCCCAGGGCCAGUACCAUCUUCCUCAGCAAAUCCCAGACUGAUGUGCCAGUACCCAACAAACGAGUUCGGGAAAAGCGCAAGAGCCUUUACAUCAACCAUUUUACACAUAUUGCGGAAAGUAAGCACCUCCUAGGGCCCAUCAGGCGCAAGUACAGCUCCUGCUCCACCAUCUUCCUGGACGACUGCACAGUGAGCCAGCCCAACCUCAAGUACACCAUCAAAUGUGUGUCUCUUGCAAUAUAUUACCACAUAAAGAACAGGGAAGUAGAUGGAAGAAUGUCAUUAGAUAUCUUUGAUGAGAAGCAGCAUCCACUCUCAAAAUCUGAGGUUCCUCCUGACUAUGACAAACACGACCCGGAACAGAAGCAGAUCUAUCGUUUUGUCAGGACCCUGUUCAGUGCAGCACAGCUGACUGCAGAGUGUGCCAUUGUCUCCUUGGUGUAUCUGGAAAGACUUUUGACAUACGCGGAGAUCGACAUCUGCCCUGCCAACUGGAAGAGGAUCGUGUUGGGAGCCAUUCUCCUGGCCUCCAAAGUGUGGGAUGACCAGGCCGUGUGGAACGUGGACUACUGCCAGAUUCUCAAGGACAUCACUGUGGAGGACAUGAAUGAGCUGGAGCGUCAGUUGUGGGAGCUGCUGCAGUUCAACAUAAACGUCCCGUCCAGUGUUUAUGCUAAGUACUACUUUGACCUGCGCUCUCUAGCCGAGGCCAACAACCUGAGCUUCCCCCUGGAGCCGCUCAACAGAGACAAGGCACAGAAACUCGAGGCUAUUUCCCGGUUAUGUGAUGACAAAUACAAGGACUUGAGGAAGUUAUCCAAGAAGCGAUCAGUCAGCGCAGAUAACCUGGUCGUGGUACGGUGGUGUCCAGCCAUUAUUUCCUAACACUGGGACUGGAACUGGGAACUGUGGGCUUCUUCUCAUGCCCAAAACUCUACCAUUCUACUCAUAGGAGCCCCAUUGACUGCACUGAACCAGAAUGACGGCAAAUCUGGAAGCGAAUGGAAGUACAACUGGGAUUUUAAAUGUGAAAAAACUACAUUUUUUGACUGUGUACAUUACUGCGUUAUUUUUUUGUCAUUUUAAAAUAUUCUCUGAACAGCUACAUUUCACAUUCCAUCAACUCAUUUUUUUUUUUUUUGUUGUUGCAAGUUUUCACUCCAAAUCAGUGUUUGGCUUGGGACAUUUUCACUUAUGUUAAGUUAUGUUUCUUUCCAACAAUCAUACUAAUAAUCAAAGCAAUACCAAUGUGUUCCUUCAUUUUUAAUCAAUGCAGAUGGACUACUGAACAUGGAAGGAGACGUGAUAAUAGGAGGUCGCUAUCUAUCCAGUGUUUUCUUAUUCACUGCCAUUGCCCUGACCUAAUGUGCCUGUAUCAAGCUUAGAAGUCGCCAUCUUGUGGUCUGGAGAAAUAGAACAAAUUACAUUAUUAGUCAACUUUUGAUACCGUUCUUCCAUUGCACAAAAAUGCUGAUAUUUCAAAACCGCUAAAGCAUGAUUCUUCAAGUUUUGCAUGUUGCUAGAAUUGGUAAAAAUCUUAAAGAGGAGGUAUUAUGCAAAAUUGUCUUUUUGUAGCUUUCUACCAUGUUAUAAUGUUUUGAGAAAUCUAGCGAUCUCUUCUGGGCACUAUUUGAAUCGUAGCAGUACGAUUCUGUCCAAUGCUCAGCUCACAGGCCUAUGUCACUUAUGCUCCCACAUGAUAAUUUUCCAUAAAUAUACAACAGCGUGAUAGAAAACAAUACACUACAAAUUCACAAAUCAUGUGCAGUAGUUUCAUUAGCAAAAUGCUACUGUUUGUAAUGUGAUAGUGCUCUGAAGGGGGAGUGGUUAAGCACAGUGAGCAAAGGAGGGGGGACUCAGAGCAUCAACAAAACUGAAACUUAUUAAACAUGUUGAUACAUUGUUUUUGGCAAAUACAGCAUUUUCAAAACAAUAAAAGGUAACAUGGUGAUGUUGGGUGUUAGCAGAUAAUGUCCCAUAGAAGUCUAAUACCCCCUCUUAAAAAGAUAGAUUGUAUUAUGUUUUCUACAGUGUAAAUACAGCAGCUCUUAAUGUGUUACUGUAAAAAAAAUGGACGAUUAAUGUUAGAAUAUUUUUAUUAGUUUUUAUUGUACAGCCGUGAGAAGAGACUACAUGGGAGACACCACUUUGUUUGUUGCAAUGCUCUUCAUGUUUAAUUUGGUAAAAUAAUUUCCUGUUAUUUUAUGUUCUUUUUCACACUAUUGUAUGUGAAUUAUCAUGCCUAAUUCACCCGGUUAAAUUCCCAGGAUAAAAAUUACAGUCAAAGAUAAUACUUUUGUUCACAACAGUUGACUGAGUUGACAGUUGGACAAGUAAACAAGAGUUCAAGCCAUUUUUGUGAUCAGACCCUUUUACCUUGCAAAAAUUAAAUAUGCCGUAAGGGUUAAAUUGACUUUAUUUUUUUGUUUGUUUUAUUUGAGUUAAGUCAUAUUUAAAAGUGCUGUACCCAAUUUUUACGGUCUUAAGAAUGUGAAAACUUUUUCACAACUUUUUAAAUGGUUUGCAGUGGUCCAAAUUUAUUCCUCCUAUUCUGUGCAUCCUAAUUAUUCAUUGCAAUGAGUUCAUGAGUUUUUCGUCGUGGUAAAGCUAACAACUAGCAUGCUAACUGUGCAGUUCUUGGUUAUCAGGGAGACAACAUGCAGUGGUCUUAUUGGAUUUAUCGAGACCAUAAAUCUAAACAAAAGCUACUAAAGAUCUGAUUUUUUUUUUUAAAUGGUGUGUACUGACCAUUUUUCUGCAAUAAUAAUAAUAAUAAUAAUAAUAAUAAUGUCCUUAUCUUUUACCCCAAUACUAACAAAUCACAAAGCUUGAUCUCCUGUCUGUUUCUCCUCUGUCUGUAUUCACAAUUCCAAUCUACUUUUCCCAUGCUUCCGGUUAUCUUUACUAGGAUCUGUCAAUGCCUUAAUAGCUUAUCUACAAUCAACAUGUCCAUGUACCAUAUUGCUUUUUACAUUUGGAGCAAUAGGUGAAUAGGUGAGUUGUCAUAAAUUCCAAAUGUGCUAUGAUUGAGUGAAAUAGUGUUGAAUUGUUGAAUUAUUUCAGAGAUUGUAUAUUCUAUUUAUUGUAUGAAAGACCAUAAAGUGGCCAUUAUAGAAAAUGACCUUGUCAGUCAUUUGGGGUUUACAUAGACCUCAUCAUCUCAUCUUAAGCAGUAGAUCAAAUGUUCAUGUUCCAAUUUUGCCAAAACAUUUGUAAGUUUAAGAUACUCUUUUUCAAAAGCAAUGUUUAGGAAAUACUGAAGAAUAAAAAAAAAAAAAGAAACCUUUGAAGUAC